AUGGCCCCAUCCCACAAACGGCCUCUCAGCCCCCCCGUGCUUAUUCCCAAUCCCUUCAUCAAGAAGCGCAACCUCGCCUGGUCUCUCGAGUCUCCAUCGUCAUCUCAAGAUCCUCACCCUGCCACUUCAUCGUCUCUCCUCCCUACUCCAUCUACCUCAGCUGCUACAGCCACAGCUUCUACUUCUGCUGCCCUUGCUGACAGCACUGCUGCCGUACCCACUGACAUCUCGACCUCUACCGCCAUUUCUCCUCCGGCAGCACCAGCCCGCCCUAGGCCCACCGCCGGCACCACCGCCGAAAUCGAAGCCGGAGCCGUCCAGAUAUCUGACCAUCUGGCCCAAUUCACGUCGACUCUCUCCUCGCGUCUCCGCCCGACAUCGGCCCUCGUCCCUCGACUGAGCAUCUCGGGUUAUUCCAGCCUGUACCAACGCUGUGCAGGCAGCCCGAGCGGCGCGCACUUUGUGAUCCAUCAGCACGACCAUCCCGUGGCCGGCACCCACUAUGAUCUCCGCCUUCAGAUCAACGAGGCCAGUAGCGUCAGCUGGGCCAUCAUGUACGGCCUGCCGGGCGAUGCCAACAGCAGUCGGUUGAACCGCAAUGCCACCGAGACUCGCAUCCACUCACUUUGGGCGAAAACAGCUUCUGCAGAAACAGGAUCUCUCAUUAUAUGGGACACGGGCACAUACUCCGUCCUUCCACGCCGCAGUAAACACGCCCCUCCAGAGGACCCCUCCUCGCCGCCAGGCUCCCCUCACUCAUCAUCAUCGUCUUCAAACAGCAAGCAGCACACUCCAACGGCCCAGUCUCUCCUCCACGCGGCUUUCAAAAACCGCAAGAUCCGGCUGCGUCUCCAUGGGACGAAGCUGCCUGAUCCGUACGUCAUCAACAUCCGCCUGACCAAGACGGAAGAUGCAGCAGGGCGAUCUAGAAGCUCGAAAACGCCGCGGACCAGACGCCGUGGGAAGACGGCAAAAGCGCGCCCUGCAGAGCCGGAAAGCACCUCUUCCGACAGUGAUGGAUAUGGUAACGACAUAGAAGACGAUGAACCGCAGGCUAGAACAGGUAGUACCAACAACACAUCCUCCCCGAGUGAAGCACGCCGUAAGCAGCAGCAACAAGAAGACGCCCAAGUCCGCCUCAACAACGCCUACGUCGGAGCAUCCAACACCAUCGGCAGCGUGUAUCAACGCCGCUGGUAUCUCUCGCUAGACCGCCGCGCUUGCGGCUUCACCGAAAGGAAGCGCCACGGCCGCAGCGUGUGGGAAAGGCUGCUCCUACCAGAUUCAUCCACCGACACCGCGGCUAAGGAUCCUUCUGACGACUCAGGAGAAGACCCAGAAGAAUCUUCCUGUCGGCUCUCAUUCCCAUUCUACGUCCGCGGUCCGCAGUUUGAGCAGAGCGUCGUGACGGGGAGAUUGGCAGAAGAAGUCCUGCGAGACGAGGGCGUGACUACUUUUGUCCCCCGGAAGGGAUGGACCCCUGUGAUGAAAUGA